UGAGGGUUUUCAAGUAAUAAAAGUGUAUGUGAGAGUGUCAAAAUAAAAGUUGAGAAACUCUUGAAACACUUUUUUUGAUUUCAUUGAUUUAUACGAUUUUCUGAUUUUUAAUUUAAUUAUUUACCUAAAUUUUUGUUUUUUUAAAUCGUUAUUAUAUAUAUUGGUAAGAUAUCUAUGUGUAAUUUUUUUACCACUGAUGCUGCUUUAAAUGGCAUUAUAAUUUAUAACUAGAAAUUUCUUAUUUUAAAAUUGAUUCAAACCAUUAUUAUGUUUAAAUCUAUCAUAAUCUACUUCUUAUCUAAUUUAGAACAAAAUCUAGAAAAUACUUGUUUACUUCAGAACUGAAAUUUGUAAUUAAAUUUUUUUUGUUUAAAAACAGAAAUAAAUAAACAGGUAAAAAGAAGGAAGGAUAUAUCGUCUUAAGUAAAUCACGGGAAAAAACGUUUCCGGCAACAAACAAUGGAGACUCCUAACUCCACCCGCUGGCCGGACCUCCCAGUGGACAUCUUGAGAUCUCUGUUCGAACGUUUGAGUUAUAUAGAUUUCCACAGGGCUAAGAUGGUAUGUUCAAACUGGUACUUGUGUUCCAAGCAAACGUUAGGGCCAAAAGGCAGAUCUCCAUUGCUGUUGCUGUCUCCAGAAGAGGGUGGUUGUCGUCUCUACAACCCAGAGGAAGAUAGGGUUUACGUGCCGAGGAGGUACUUUUCAGGGUGUCGAUUCCUUGGAAACUCAGGUAAGUGGUUCCUUGUGGCGGAUUCUCAAUCCAAUCUCUAUAUCGUAGAUGUGUUUAGCGAUGAGAAGAUAGAUCUUCCACGUCUAGAGCUGGUGUCGAAAGAUGGUUGCGUUCAUAAUCUUGAGCCAUUAGGAGAUGGAGAUUUUGAGGAGAUGUUGGUUGGUAGAAACUAUGGGAUUCGUAAAUCUGCGGAAGAACUGAGAGGUCGAGUUUGGGUAGACGACAAGACGGGAGACUACGUUGUCGUGUGUCGUUUUGACAGAUGUGACUAUAUGCGGUUUUGCAAGAAAGGGGUUGAUCGUUACAGUGAGAUUCAAACACGGGUUGGUGUUAACGUGUUUUUAAAAGGCCAAGAUGAUAUGGUACUCAAUGGCUAUAACCUUUACGUCUUUACUCCCCGUUGCUCCCUUCGGAACAUAGAUUUGUCUGGCAAAGACGGUUUUGAGGAUGUCACUAAGCAACCCAUGUUUACAUGGUAUAAGCCAUUUCCAAGUGCAGAAGAAAAGGAACGAAUGAGAGCAUUUAAGCCCAUCUCAGAAAGCUAUAACAUUGCUGUUACAAGAUCAGGAGAGGUUUUGUUGGUCCAUAAUUACACUUACGAGUCUACUACUACCUUUGAAAAGCAUAGGACGUUCGGCGUGUACAAGAGGCAACUUAAACAUCUAGAAGACCCCGAGACCUCCUACAAGCCCUGGCUUGUUGAGGUGGAUUCUCUUGGGGAUGAGGCACUGUUUCUAGAUUUGGGUAUCACCCUGCCUGCUGACGCCACACUUGGUAUCGAGCCAAACUCCAUCUAUUUCACCCGUGAUGACCGCUUCCGUCUCAUGCCACUUUCAUUCCUCGACAUUUGUGUCUACAACCUUGUAACAAAGAGCAUCAAACGCUUCCCUACUCUCUCCUCCAAAUUAAAACUAAAGGACGCUCAGUGGUUUAUCCCCUCUUGAUUUGUUUCUUUCUGAUGCAUUAUGGUGUUGUUGAGACAUUUCUAGGCUAUGAUUGGCUAGCCUUUUUUAUUUUCUUCUGAUAAUAUAGAUAAUCUACAACAUUAUGAGAGCUUAAUCAAGGAGUUUGUCUAGCAAUUCACUAUGAUUUUAUACCAUUAUGGAAAUCAACUACAUCUAGUCUAGGUACGAUAUUUUGUAUACACACUUAGCAUACCUCCGUAAUCAUAGUACACGUAAAUUUUUUGGUUAAUAAUACCAAAUAUAUAUAUCAAAAUAAUUGUUUUCCUCACUUCAGUAUACAUACUAUAGCAAUAAAAUUUUAUAUUCUACUUCAAAGUAAAAUUAAUCUAGAGAACUAUAUAUGCAGCUAGUAUUGAUUACAUUUGCACACACGAUAAAAGAAUAUACAAGUUCUAGAAAUGUGGAAUGGUUUGUUUAUACGUAUGCUGAUGCUUAAAGUAAAGUUCUUAAGAUUAUUCCCAUAGUUUGUUAGAAUAUCCUUUCUGGAUGAUGAUGAUGAUGAUGAUGAUAUUAGUAGUUAGUGUUAAGUUUUGUAUGAAGGUAAAUGUGUAAGUCAUAUGAUUUGGUGGUAAUCCGAAUCUAACUACCUCCUAACAACUUUACCUUACAACUUUCAAAACAAUCUAGAAAGGGUUAAUUAAUUUGAUAGCCAAAAUUGGAUGGUCAUUCACUUAAUUUUACUUCACUCGAUGGAUAUAUCUUCUAAUUUUCCCCCAAAAAAGUUGUUAUGAAAGUUACUUUGGAAUAUUUUCAACAACUAUACUUGGAUGAGAAUAUCGAUUGAAAACAAUUCUUAUGGGAAAAGAAACCGACAACACAAAAAAACUUCGAUGGGACAAAUCAGGUAGUAACUGAAGUCAAAGAUGCACCCACCCACUUUCAAAAAUUCAGUGCUCUUUCACCUUUGUGGGGUUUACUGUCGACACUUUCAAGGGACUCCAAAUUUUUCCCUAUUUAAUAAUAAAAUUCAAUACUCCCUCCGUUUUUUAUUAUAAGUCGUUUUGAAGCUAUGCACAUAGAUUAAGAAAAUCAUUAAUUUCUUAUAUUUUCGAAACAAAAACAUCAUUAAUUAUUUACCUAACCACAAUUUAACCAAUAGAAAAAUAGAAGAUAUAUUAUCAUUGGUCAGACAACAUUAAUUACUAAUAAAUGUUACAUAAAAAACCGAAAAC